CGCAGUGAUUUCAAGCUUGGGUUUAUGUAGGGACUUUGCAAGUUCCGAGAUGGGCCUGGUCCCUCACAGCUCUGUUCUCUCUUUCUCCAUCCUCCUCCCCCCAAUCUCUAUCUUCACAGGACUCAAAUCUUUUUCCAAGAACAGCAGAAAAUGAUUGAGUGCCAGCAGAGAACUGUGUCCUUCAAAGACGUGGUAGUGGGCUUCACCCAAGAGGAGUGGCACAGGCUGAAUCCUGCUCAGAGGGCACUGUACCGGGAUGUGAUGCUGGAGACCUACAGCAACCUUGUCUCCGUGGGUUAUGAAGGCACGAAACCUUAUGUGAUCCUCAAGCUGGAGCAGGAAGAAGCGCCAUGGAUUUGUGAGGCAGCAUGCUCAGGCUGCCACUGUCAGGAAAACAUUUGUCAAGUUAAUGUCCAGAGGAAAAGACAAGACAUGAUUUUGAAACAAGGUGCAUUCAUCAGUAAGAAAACAUUGCCCAAGGAAAGAAGCCAUGAAAACAAUAAGUUUGGGAAAAUACCACCUCUGGGCACUAAUCUUUCUCCUUCAAUUCAAAAUCCUAGUAACUGGGAUCCCUGUGGGAAGAGUGCAAACCAUAAUUUAGAUUUGAUUGGUUUUAAAAGAAACUAUUCAAAAAAGCAAGAUGAGUGCUGUGGUUGUGGGAAAUUGUUACAACAUACAAACCAUGAUAGAAGACCUAAUGGAGAAAAACUCUGGGAAUGCAGUCAUUGUGAGAAAGCUUUCAGCCACAACCCAGCACUUAUGUAUAAACCAGCAGUAACCAAUUCUCUUGCGUACAAACGUAAGAGGGUUCCACCUGCAGAGAAACCCCAUGUCUGUAGCGAGUGUGGGAAAGCCUUCUGCUACAAGUCUGAGUUCAUUAGGCAUCAAAGAAGUCACACUGGGGAGAAACCAUAUGGAUGCACUGACUGUGGGAAAGCCUUUUCACAUAAGUCAACCCUCAUUAAACAUCAGCGAAUUCACACUGGGGUAAGACCCUUUGAAUGUUUUUUCUGUGGGAAGGCCUUCACUCAGAAGUCACACCGCAGAGAACAUCAAAGAACACAUACUGGAGAGAGACCCUUUGUGUGCAGUGAAUGUGGGAAGUCAUUUGGCGAGAAGUCAUACCUCAAUGUGCAUCGAAAAAUACACACAGGAGAAAGACCAUACCGUUGCAGAGAAUGUGGGAAAUCCUUCAGCCAAAAAUCAUGCCUCAAUAAACACUGGAGAACUCAUACAGGAGAAAAACCCUAUGGAUGCAGUGAAUGUGGCAAAGCUUUUUAUCAGAAGCCAAACCUAAGUAGACAUCAAAAAAUUCAUGCCAGAAAGAAUGCCUAUAGGAAUUAAAACCUGAUAAUUGUGAGAAAGCCUUAAGCAAGGUGUCCUAUUUCAUUAUAUGUGCAGGCAUUAAUUUUUAGGAGAAAUCUCAUGGAUUUAAUGAAUCUGGACAAAAUGUUUUACCAUAAGGGAAGUCUUGUUCUAAUUGUAGAAAUUUUUAUACAAAGAUUAUAGAAAAUACUUUAUAAAACAUAAACAUGGUCACUCUGGCUUAUGAAAGUUUAAAAGUAUGUUAAUGGAAUGACAACAGCAUACAGAAUAUAUGUGAAGAGAAUUGGUAUAUUAUGGUAUAUUCCACAGUGAGCCACAUAAUAAGCAUUAUUUAUAUUUUGGAAAUGUAAAUGUGAAUUUAAUGUAAAUUGUGAAUAUCAAGUGUAUGUGUGUCACACAGUAUGUAGAAUGCUGUUCAACUUUUGCACUCUAAAUAUCAUCCCUGUCUUUUAGUGUCUUAACAAUAUAAAAAAUGAUAAUAACAUUUGUUAAUGUUAAAAAGGCAAAGCUUAGGAAUAGUUUCACAACCAAUAUUGGAUGAACAAAACAUUAUAAACUUGAUUACUCAAUCCAGCCAUUAUUUGACAAAAACUAGUAUGGCCCUGGUAUAUUGUGCACCUCUUCUAUUUUCUUAGUCUUGCUUAACAUACCUUGCAGCAAAUUAAUAGGAAAGACACUGUUUAUAUGAGUCUUAUAAUUCAGAAAUGCUUCAUGCAGAGACCAAAGAAGGAGAUUUUUGUUUGUUUGUUUUCUUUUUGCAAAUUAAUUCAGCAACAUCCACUUCUCUUCCCUCUCAGUUUCCCUGUGAAUGUCCUAGGCACUAAAACCCAAAUCAUUUCAUCAUUCCAGUCUUUGAAAAAAGUCUGCUUCCCUGAGCUGCUGUGUCAUCCAAAUAAAACAAAUGGCCACGUUUUUCAAGAUUUGACUCCGUAUAAGAAUGCCUGAUCCAGAAUAAGAAAGGAAGCAAUCACAUGGAUAUUGUGUUUAUGAGAUGAAUCACUAAAUUCUACACCUGAAACUAAUAUUACACUGUAUAUUAACUAACUGGAAUUUAAAUAAAAACUUGGAAAAAAAAAAAAGGAAACAUAAUCCCAGAUAAAGAUGUGAUUAUAAGAAUGAUAAAAGAUACUUCUUACCAAUUUAGAUCAACAUGCUUUAAUUUUUUUUUAGAUCA